CUCUGUCGUUCUGUUGUAACGUGACUAGCAUUUUCUGACGAAAGGACGAUUCUGCGAACAAAACUGACGUCGUUUUACCCAGAUUUUGUAACACUAACAUCACUAUGAGCUCGAUAGGAGCAGGGUAUGAUUUAUCAGCCUCACAGUUCUCUCCAGAUGGGAGGGUGUUCCAGGUGGAGUAUGCCAUCAAAGCUGUGGAGAACAGCGGCACGGCAGUAGGUCUGCGAUGCAAAGAUGGUGUUGUCUUUGGCGUCGAAAAGUUAGUCACAUCAAAACUUUAUGAGCAGGGCUCCAACAAGAGAAUAUUUACAGUCGACAGGCAUGUUGGAAUGGCUGUUGCUGGUCUCAUUGCUGAUGCAAGGCAGGUUGUUGAGAUUGCAAGAGACGAGGCAUCAGAUUACAGAGCAUCCUAUGGCACUCCCAUUCCUGUUAAACACUUGACAGAUCGAGUUGCCAUGUAUGCACAUGCCUAUACCCUCUACAGUGCAAUCAGACCGUUUGGAAGCAGUGUUUUAUUAGGAUCCUAUGAGAAAGACACACCCAACCUAUUUAUGAUAGAUCCAUCAGGAGUCUCAUGGGGAUACUAUGGAUGUGCGAUAGGAAAAGCAAAGCAAGGUGCAAAGACGGAGAUUGAGAAACUUCUGACGGGAGAUAAACAGCUCAAGGACCUCACGUGUGAAGAAGCCCUCAAAGAGGUCGCCAAGAUUAUUCACAUAGUACAUGACGAAAUCAAGGAUAAGGCUUUUGAAUUAGAGCUUAGCUGGGUUGGUAAGGUAACGGAUGGUCGUCAUGAAUUAGUUCCAAAGAAGAUCGCUGAUGAAGCUAUCAAGUAUGGCAAGGAGGCAUUAGAAGAACCAUCAAGCUCUGACGAGGAUGACUUGUAACCAUAGCAACAAUUUUUUCCCUGUGAAUAUUUCCAUUUUUGUACAGCUAUUAGAAUGUCACUUUAAUGGUCGAGUACCUCGUUUUAUUAAAAUGUUUUUCAGCAGUUAAACUGUCCAACACUAAGGGAAAUCUAGUGUAUAAAUAUAGCAAAGACUUUCAUGAAUAUUAUUCCAUACAGAUAUCAUAUGUAUGAGUAUCUAGCAGAUGGCUGUGAAGAAAUGCUAUAUUUUUUCAAAUGAAAAACAUGUAAUUGCUAUUCAUCCAAGUUAUGAGUAUUCAUGCCCUGGGCCGUUUCAUAAAGCUUUUCGUAGGUCAAGAGCGACUUUAAGAACGACUGGUGAUCCUUUCUUGUGGUAAAUGAU